ACGGCGGCGGCGCCGGCUGGCCCCAGCCAUGCUGUGCUAUGUGACCAGGCCGGACGCGGUGGUGAUGGAGGUGGAGGUAGAGGCGAAAGCCAACGGCGAGGACUGCCUCAACCAGGUUUGCAGAAGGUUGGGAAUUAUAGAAGUUGAUUAUUUUGGACUGCAGUUCACUGGCAGCAAAGGGGAGAAUCUGUGGCUGAAUUUGAGGAACAGGAUCUCCCAGCAGAUGGAUGGUUUAGCCCCUUAUCGAUUGAAAUUAAGAGUCAAGUUUUUUGUAGAGCCGCAUCUUAUCUUACAAGAACAGACAAGGCAUAUGUUUUUCUUGCAUAUAAAAGAAGAUCUUCUUGCUGGUAACCUUCAGUGUUCUUCAGAGCAUGCAAUUGAACUCAGUGCAUUGUUGGCACAGAUGAAGUUUGGAGAUUAUAACCAGAACACUGCCAAAUACAGUUAUGAAGAGUUGUGUGCAAAAGAGCUCACCACUACCAUUUUGGAGAGCAUUAUUGCAAAGCACAAGGAGCUAGAAGGUUUAAGUCAAGCUUCUGCUGAGUAUCAGGUUCUACAGAUUGUUACAACACUGGAGAACUAUGGGGUAGAGUGGCACUCAGUGAGAGAUAGUGAAGGGCAAAAACUCCUUAUUGGUGUUGGACCUGAAGGCAUAUCCAUCUGUAAAGAUGACUUCAGUCCUAUCAACAGGAUUGCUUAUCCUGUUGUUCAAAUGGCAACUCAGUCUGGGAAGAAUGUGUAUCUGACUGUUACCAAGGAGUCUGGUAAUAGUGUAGUUCUGUUGUUUAAGAUGAUCAGUACAAGGGCAGCAAGUGGACUCUAUAGAGCAAUUACAGAGACACAUGCAUUUUACAGGUGUGACACUGUCACAAGUGCUGUCAUGAUGCAGUAUAGUCGCGACUUAAAGGGCCACCUAGCAUCUCUAUUCCUGAAUGAAAACAUUAAUCUUGGUAAAAAAUACGUCUUUGACAUUAAAAGAACAUCAAAAGAAGUUUAUGAUCAUGCAAGGCGAGCUCUUUAUAAUGCUGGCAUUGUGGAUCUUGUUUCAAGAAGUGACCAAACCCCACCAAGUUCCCCCCUUAAGUCUUCAGAAAGCAGCAUGAACUGUGACAAUUGUGAGGGUCUUAGCUGCCAACAAACAAAAGCUCUGCAAGAGAAGCUGCGGAAGCUAAAGGAGUCCAUGCUUUGUAUGGUGUGUUGUGAAGAAGAAAUAAAUUCAACUUUUUGUCCCUGUGGCCACACAGUAUGCUGCAAGACCUGUGCUGCCCAGUUACAGUCGUGUCCUGUUUGCAGAUCUCGUGUAGAGCAUGUCCAGCAUGUGUAUUUGCCAACCCACACCAGUCUUCUCAAUCUGACUGUGAUAUGAUCUGCGUACACACUUUAAACCCAUCAUGUACUUUUUAAACUGCACUAAUAUGAAAUGCAACCAUUGAUUGUGAAGAAGGCAAUCACUCUGGCACCUAUCCACGAUCAAAAGCAAAAAUACUGCAUUUCUUAACAUACAUAUUCUUCGUUCAGCAUGUCCAAAAUGGUUUGGGACAUCUUUUGAGAGCCGAAGUGUAAUCGAUUCAUGUUAGUUAAAAGGAGAAUGAUGCAUCAGUUUGUAGCAUGGCAUUGUUGCCAAGAAGCUAGGUAACCCUGGAGAAAUGUGGUGUACACAUACUGAUAUACCCAGCGAGAGCAAUGCAGCCUUUCAUUUUACACUCUCUAAAUCCUUUUUAGUACAGUCACUCCAUUUAUUUUAAUAAGGCUAGCUUUUACAAAUAUCAGUUUAGUAUGGCUCAUAGUUUCUGCUUUUAGUAAACUGCUUUAAAGAGGAGAGAACUUCUUUUU